AUGGAAUCUCUUACAUUCCGCUUAGCUCGUCUCGAUGAUUUCGAUGAAAUAGUAAAACUUUCGGAAGGAAUCUACGAAGGACACGAUUAUCUUCCGAUGAAAUUUCACGAGUGGCUUCAAAGAGACAAUUUACAUAUUGUCCUUGCCCAUUCUAAGAAGAAAUUCGUUGGUCUUUCGGCCUAUUUCGUCGUAGACGACGGUAAAACAUUUGUCCGUCGAGCUGCAAGAAUUCUUCCCGAGCUUCGUGGGCAAGGUCUUGUGAGGCCAUUAACCGAGUAUAUAAGAAAGCACGCAAGGGCCCAUUACCCUUACGUACAAAGAGAAAGAUUUACUACCAGUUUUGAACACGUUAGCUGCAUUGAGCAAACAAAACUCCUCGAGUGUGAUGUCUUGGCAUAUCAUGUUGAAAAUAGAUUCUUUACUCGCGCUGAUAUAAUUAACGAAAAUACGCCCAAGAUUGUGCCAUGCUCGAGAGAAUUCUUCUGCGAUGUCGUCUUGUCAUCUUUCGGGACGAAAGCAUUUUUCCCAAAGAACGUCAUUAUCGUCAAUUCUUGUCCUUUUGUUCCUGUACGAUCGAAUAUCGAUUACAUGCUUCAAGAGGGCGAUGACAUGUUUGUAGAAAAAUGUGACAAUGGCGUUUUUCCGAGAUCAUUCAGUUUUGGGUCUUUAUCACCGAGAGUAAAAUUUGUGCAUUGGCUUGCCUCUGUCUUCACUGACGACCCUGCACUUUUUGAAGCGCAUCUGCUUCGCCAGUUCAGAAGAGCAGGCCAAUUGAUCAAGAGUGAUUUUGUUUUCGUAUCUUUCCAAGACAAAAGUUUGACUCCUGUCGGAAGAAGACUUUUGGAAGAGAAACUCCAGUUAAAUGUUUGUGAGUAUUACUUGAACAAGACAAUGAAGCUGUAUGAAAGAGACUCUACAUCUUGA